CCUCACAGAAUGCAACUAGACGAGCCAGUUUCGUAUGCUGCUGAUGUAGUCCGCAGCGUCUCCAUGGGAGCUUUUUUGGAGAGGGCGACUCAUGGCGUUGACGAUGGUGAUGCCGCGCUCGCUGCAGUGAAGGUGGCCAAUGCUGUUGCACACAAGCAGGCGGCCUAUGACAUGGAAUUGGCGAAGCAUGCCACACAUGCCGCGCUGGAAAUGGAGAACACCCGAAGGUUGGUGGAGCGUUACAUCCUUGGCUCAGAAGUCCUGACCAUCAGCGAUCUGGAGCCGACAGCGGGUCAGGUUGAGGGUGGAGGGCCGCCAAACUACUCGGCCUUUCCUUAUCCGCUGGAAUCAGAGGGAUGGCCCACGAACUAUCCUGUCCCAGAGCCACCGACUCUUGACAAGAUCUACCUCUUGCCGGAGAAGGCCAAUCUUGCAUUUUGCCCGACCUUGAUUGUGGCACCUACACUACCUGAGCGCCCGCGUGUGUCCUGUGUAAACUUUUUGUGAAGCGGGGUCACAAGUGGCUCAUGGAGGAUCAGUGGAUGCUUAACAGCCUGAGACGUUUGCUCUCCCUGUGGCCAGCGAGGGUCUUGCGCUCAAUAUGGUGUACCAG